UUCUGAAGAUUCUAAAAGUGAAUACUCAUUUUUUGUGAGAGCCUUCCGUUUGUAUCUUUUGAGUUUGCGUGUCCACUGUGAGCAUGUCAACGACGCCAGUGGCGUCUUCGCCGGUAGAAGUCGCCGAGCGAGAUGUGCCAGCAGAAGACAGCAUCAAAGUCGUGUGCCGUUUCCGUCCCUUGAAUGACUCCGAAGAGAGGGCGGGAUCCAAGUUCAUCGUUAAAUUCCAGGAUGAGAAUUGCGUAGCGAUAGGGGGCAAAGUGUACGUUUUUGACAAAGUUGUCAAGCCCAAUGCAAUUCAGUCGCAAGUCUACGAUGUAUCCGCGAAGGGAAUCGUCAAGGAUGUACUCGGUGGAUACAACGGCACUAUUUUUGCCUACGGACAAACAUCUAGCGGGAAAACGCACACUAUGGAAGGAGUUUUGGGUAGUGAGGAGAAGCAGGGGAUCAUACCGCGCAUUGUGAAUGACAUUUUCAACCACAUCUACUCGAUGGAGGAGAACCUUGAGUUCCACAUCAAAGUUUCGUAUUUUGAGAUUUACAUGGAUAAGAUUCGGGAUCUACUGGAUGUGAGUAAAGUGAACUUGAGCGUCCAUGAAGAUAAAAAUAGGGUUCCAUAUGUGAAAGGAGUCACAGAAAGAUUCGUUUCAAGUCCAGAGGAAGUGUUUGAAACAAUUGAAGAAGGAAAGGCUAACCGGCAUAUAGCCGUCACUAAUAUGAAUGAACACAGUUCUAGAAGUCAUAGCGUGUUCUUAAUUCACGUGAAGCAAGAAAACCUAGAAAAUCAGAAGAAACUAUCAGGGAAACUGUAUCUGGUUGAUUUGGCUGGCAGUGAGAAAGUCAGCAAAACUGGAGCUGAAGGAACCGUUCUAGACGAAGCAAAAAAUAUCAAUAAAUCCUUGUCAGCGUUAGGGAAUGUAAUUUCUGCUUUGGCGGAUGGGAAUAAGUCCCAUAUACCAUAUCGUGAUUCUAAACUCACCAGAAUCCUUCAGGAAUCCCUUGGAGGAAAUGCUCGAACUACGAUCGUAAUUUGCGCUUCUCCAGCAUCAUAUAAUGACGCUGAGACAAAAUCAACAUUGGAGUUUGGGAAGAGGGCGAAAACAAUCAAGAACGUUGUCAGUGUUAACCUAGAAUUGACUGCCGAAGAAUGGAAGCGUCGUUUCGAGAAGGAGCGCGACAAAGCCCUUCGGUUGAAGACUACUGUCGAUGCUUUGAUGGCUGAGCUAGCCCGUUGGCGUUGUGGAGAAACUGUGGAUGCUGCUGAACAAGUUACGGCUAAAGAACCCGUUGCUGAUGUACCUUCGCAGUCAAUGACUGCUUCUGAAAUUGCCGUUGUAGUGGCACCAGUGCCGACUGUAGUAACCUCCGGUGAUGCAGAAUCAACGUUUGAACAAGAACGAGAAUCGUUGUACAAACAAUUGGAUGACAAGGAUGAAGAAAUUAAUCAAAUGUCUCAGCUUCUGGAGAAGUUGAAAGAGCAAAUGUUGGAGCAAGAGGAGUUAUUCAACACGACUAGGAAAGACUUCGAAUUGGUUCAGAGCGAAAUGGCUCGUAUUCAACGAGAGAAUGAUUCAUCGAAAGAAGAAGUGAAAGAAGUGCUACAAGCUUUGGAAGAACUCGCGCUCAAUUAUGAUCAAAAAUCGCAGGAAGUUGAAGGAAAAACGAGGGAAAAUGAGACCAUGUCUGAGGAGUUGAGUGCGAAGCAUAGUCAGUUGAAUAUGGUUCAAAAUGAUUUACAGCACGUGAAGGACAUGAGUCUUCUUCAGCGCCGUCGUGCGUCGGAAUCCUUAGCGUCGCUUUUUGCUGACCUCUCGGAAAUGGCUUCCCUUUUGGGCGGAAAUGCCAAGGAUUUCAUAAACUUUCCGAUCCCGACGCCCUCAUCACCGGGUAUCCAUGCAAAACCAGAAGACAGCAUCACAAAACUAGAAGAGGAAUUUACGCACGCGCGGCUUUUCGUAACGAAGAUGAAAUCUGAAGCCAAUAACUUGUCCUCGAGGUGUCAGCAGUUUGAAAGCACAACGGAAGCAUCAAAGCUGAAACUCGAUGAAAUUGAGAAAGACCUGUCGGAAUCAAAGUUGAAAAUUCAGCAAUACGAAGCCAAGUUGGGAAGUUUACAGGAAUCCCUACGAAUUGCAGAGACAUCAAAGCGUCAGUUAGAAGAAGCUGUGGAUGCGGCCCAAGAAGAAUGCGCCGCUUUGAAAGCUGCCUCGCAAGUUGAACGUGCCCAAGCUGGACAAGAAGCCAAACAAGCCUUGGAUCAGCAGCUUGAGCAACAUCGUGAGCAGCACCAGAAACAAGUGGCGUCUUUGAGGGAUGAAAUUGCCGUCAAACAAGCGCAGAUUGAAGAACUAAAUGAUGCUCGUCAAAAGCUUACGCUAGCUCACGAAAAACUGAAUCAAGACUACGAGCGCUUGAAGAUGGACGAUCAAGAGAAGAGCUGCAAACUAAAGGAGUUGACAGUUUUGAAUGAUCGACGUGAGCAAGCUCGACUUGAUCUGAAAGGCCUUGAAGAGACCGUCGCAAAAGAAUUGCAAACCUUGCACAAUCUUCGUAAGCUUUUUGUGCAAGAUUUGCAGAAUCGUGUAAAAAAGAGCGCUGCUGGCGAGGAAGUAGAAGACGGUGGGUCGAUGGCUCAACGGCAGAAGAUAAACUUUUUGGAGAAUAACCUCGAACAGCUGACCAAAGUUCAUAAACAGCUUGUGCGUGACAAUGCUGAUCUCCGAUGUGAGCUGCCGAAGCUGGAGAAACGACUUCGAGCCACAAUGGACCGUGUCAAGGCGCUCGAAGUUGCUUUGAAAGAGACCAAAGAGUCGGCUAUGAAAGACAGAAAACGGUAUCAGUCCGAGGUGGACAGAAUCAAAGAAGCUGUGAGAACUAAAAAUAUGAGACGUGGAAACGCCGCCCAAAUCGCGAAACCGAUUCGCGCUGGACACCAUCCGAUUGUUGCUGGAGGAGGAUUUUCAACGGAAGACAGUAUUAAAGUUGUGUGUCGUUUUCGGCCAUUGAACGACUCAGAGGAACGAGCCGGCUCGAAGUUCGUUGUCAAGUUCCAAGACGAAAACUGCGUCUCUAUUGGGGGUAAAGUUUACGUUUUUGACAAAGUCGUGAAGCCGAAUGCGAUCCAGUCACAAGUCUACGAUGUGUCCGCAAAGGGAAUCGUCAAGGAUGUUCUCGGCGGAUACAACGGCACUAUUUUUGCCUAUGGACAGACUUCCAGUGGAAAAACUCACACGAUGGAAGGAGUUUUGGGCGACGAGGCAAAGCAAGGCAUCAUUCCGCGUAUUGUAAACGACAUUUUCAACCACAUUUACUCGAUGGAGGAGAACCUUGAGUUCCACAUCAAAGUUUCGUAUUUUGAGAUUUACAUGGAUAAGAUUCGGGAUCUACUGGAUGUGAGUAAAGUGAACUUGAGCGUCCAUGAAGAUAAAAAUAGGGUUCCAUAUGUGAAAGGAGUCACAGAAAGAUUCGUUUCAAGUCCAGAGGAAGUGUUUGAAACCAUUGAGGAAGGAAAGGCCAAUCGUCAUAUUGCUGUAACUAACAUGAAUGAACACAGUUCUAGGAGUCACAGCGUCUUCCUCAUCAAUGUGAAGCAAGAAAAUUUGGAGAAUCAAAAGAAGCUUUCAGGAAAAUUGUAUCUUGUAGAUCUUGCUGGCAGUGAAAAGGUCAGCAAAACGGGAGCGGAAGGAACUGUGUUGGACGAAGCUAAGAAUAUCAAUAAGUCAUUGUCGGCUCUAGGGAACGUAAUUUCAGCCUUGGCUGAUGGAAACAAGUCUCAUAUUCCCUACCGUGAUUCGAAACUCACCAGGAUUCUUCAAGAAUCCCUUGGAGGAAAUGCUCGAACCACUAUCGUCAUUUGUGCUUCUCCGGCAUCAUUUAACGAAGCUGAGACGAAGUCUACGAUGGAAUUUGGGAAAAGAGCGAAGACAAUCAAGAACGUCGUGAGCGUUAAUCUUGAGCUGACGGCUGAGGAAUGGAAGCGUCGUUAUGAGAAAGAGCGGGAAAAAUCAUCCCGCCUCCGAGCAAUGGUGGAUUCCCUUAUGGCCGAAUUGGCUCGUUGGCGUGGUGGAGAAACAGUUUCUGCGGAGGAACAAGUUCCUACUAAAGAGCAAGCUCCCGAGGCGCUCAUGCAAGCUUCGACUACAACUAUUGAUGUCCCUCCGGUGGCACCUGCGCCUGUUCUUGGUCCAAGAGUGACAACGGGAGGCGACGAAGCUGCGAAUUUCGAAGAGGAAAGAGAAGCUUUCUACAAGCAACUUGAUGAUAAAGACGAAGAAAUCAACCAAAUGUCGCAGCUUUUGGAAAAGCUCAAGGACCAAAUGCUCGAACAAGACGAGUUGCUCACAACGACUCGUAAAGAUUACGAGGCUGUUCAGAGCGAAAUGGCUCGGAUUCAGCGUGAAAAUGAGUCGGCGAAAGAAGAAGUCAAGGAGGUCUUGCAGGCAUUGGAAGAACUCGCGCUCAAUUAUGACCAAAAGUCGCAGGAGGUUGAAGGCAAAUCCCGAGAGAACGAGACCAUGUCGGAGGAACUGAGUUCGAAGCAGAGUCAUUUGAACGCUUUGCAAAACGACCUGCAACAGUUGAAAGACCUGAGUGUGGUUCAAAGGCGUCGAACUUCGGAAUCACUGGCGUCUCUGCUGACGGAUUUGUCUGAAAUGGGGGCUACUCUUGGAGGAAGCGCCAGUGAUUUCUCGAUUGCUGUCCCGUCCUCGCCUGGAGCAUCAUCCAAACCGGAAGACUCUAUCGCUAAAUUGGAGGAGGAAUUCACUCUUGCGCGUUUGUAUGUAUCGAAGAUGAAAUCGGAAGCAAAGAAUUUGACAGGGCGCUGUCAGCAAUUUGAAAGCUCUACGGAGACGGCAAAAUCUAAGCUUGAAUCGAUUGAAUCCGAUCUUUCUGAGUCUAAGCUAAAAAUUCAGCAAUAUGAGGCAAAGUUGGGAAGUUUGCAAGAAUCCCUUCGAGCCGCGGAAGCCUCUAAGCGUCAAUUGGAAGAAGCUGUUGAUGCGGCUCAAGAAGAAUGCGCAACAUUGAAGGCCGCUUCUCAGGUUGAACGUGCCCAAGCUGGACAAGAAGCCAAGCACGCAUUGGAUCAGCAACUUGAACAACAUCGCGAACAGCAUCAGAAACAAGUGGCGUCUUUGAGGGAUGAGAUCGCUGUGAAACAAGCGCAGAUUGAAGAACUGAAGGACGCUCGUCAGAAACUUGAAUUAGGCUAUGAUAAACUGAAUCAAGACUACGAGCGCUUGAAGCUGGAAGAUCAAGAAAAGAGCUCGAAACUGAAAGAAUUGACGGUUUUGAAUGAUCGACGGGAGCAAGCUCGCUCGGAUUUGAAAGGCUUGGAAGAAACUGUUUCCAAGGAGCUUCACACUUUGCACAACCUCCGUAAGCUCUUCGUACAAGAUCUGCAGAACCGCGUGAAAAAGAGUGCGGCUGGAGAGGAAGUGGAAGACGGAGGGUCUAUGGCACAACGGCAAAAGAUCAACUUCUUGGAAAAUAACCUCGAGCAGCUGACGAAGGUCCACAAGCAGCUCGUGCGUGACAAUGCGGAUCUCCGUUGUGAAUUGCCGAAGUUGGAGAAACGUUUGCGAGCCACAAUGGAGCGAGUCAAGGCGCUUGAAGUCGCCCUGAAAGAAGCGAAAGAAUCAGCUAUGAGGGAUAGGAAACGGUACCAAAGCGAAGUUGACAGGAUUAAAGAAGCUGUGAGGACUAAGAAUAUGAGGCGUGGAAAUGCUGCUCAAAUCGUUAUUUCUUCAUAA